UAAAGUUUAGGUCAAUUUGAAUGGGCUGUGGCUGCUCUAGUAACAUACAAGCUUCUCUCCCAGAAUCGGGGAAGAAAUACCUCUCUAAAAUAACUGGUUUUCCUGAAGAGAAUCUUCAAAAUGGGAUAGUGAUUCUAGACAUGACCCAGGAUGACGAUCACAUAGUUUUAAAAUAAGCUUUCUCAAAUUAAAAUUCCUAAAUUUGGAGCUAUUAAGAUCAGGAAGAUUAUUCGAGAGGAUCUACAACUAAUUAAUCAGGUUGCAGUCCAUAGUAUUGAAUCUAACCUGUACAUUUUCUCACUUCAGGCUGUGGAAUCAAGAGUUCCACUUGAUUCAAAACCUCUUCUAAAACUUGCCAAGAAUGUCACCCAAAGGAUGACCUUAAGAAACUUCAAAAUGGAGAAGAGCUAUAUUGCCAAGCUUAUUGAGGCAAGUUUCCAAGCAGGGAAGGUGUCAUUCCUAAACUGACUCUUUACUGGAGAAUGCUCAUUUGAUAUAAGGACCAGUGUAAACUUCAGAAUUGAGACUCUCUGUUUCCAUAAUAAGGAUGAGAAAGAAAAACUCCCUCUUGAAGAUAUCAAAGCUCUGGUGCUGAAAAUGAAGGAUACCCUCCUCAUUGAAAGCUUGAGAACACUGAGUGUCAGAAGUUCAGAUGAUAGAGAAAGUAUUAGGACUGUUUUGAAAGAAAAUGGAUUUCAGAAGGUUGAUGUUGAGGAUGAGUCAGAGAGCGAAUAGCAUUUCAAUAAAUAAGUCACAAAAA